AUGCCUCCUGCAGCGAAUUUUUCAGCUUCUUCUUCUUCAGCAUCAUCCUCAAGAUGGUGCCCAACCCCAGAGCAACUGAUGAUCCUUGAAGAGAUGUAUAGGGCUGGAGUCAGAACUCCCAAUGCUUCCCAAAUUCAACACAUCACUACCCAGCUCUCUUACUAUGGAAAGAUUGAGGGCAAGAAUGUGUUCUACUGGUUUCAGAACCACAAGGCAAGGGACAGACAAAAGCUUAGGAGGAAGCUUUGCAAGCAACUUCAUCUUCAACAGCAACAACUCUACCAUAAUUAUUACCAUUCUCAACAUCAUCACCCACAGCAGCUAAUGCUCAACCAGCAGAGCCUUCUAGGGUACCUUGAUCAGUCUCCUCCUGCUUCUUCUGUUCUUCAUCAGCUGCCGCUUUGUUGCCAUCAUCAUAACUUAUUUUCCGGUACCGGUUUUCUCCCUCAGGUGGGAGUUGAGGAUGCAUUGAUGAACUUCACGCGCAAGGUCCAUGAAAUCCCAUCAGCAACAGCAGAGAGAUCGGAGAUGGAGAAGUCGGUGAUUAACAUGUAUGGCCAUGAUUGGAUGACGACGACGACAGCAACGAUGGAUCUGGCCCCAUCCUCAUCACCUGCAUGUUGUAUCAGAUCAGCUACUGCUACUCCUCCCAGACCCCUCAAAACCCUCCAACUCUUCCCCAUCAAGUCCUCUAGUCUCAGAGCUGAAGAUCAUGAAGAAGGAGAAGAAUCUACAUCUUCACCAUCCAACCCUAGAAACUAUAUUUAA